AUGAAGCGAGAUAGGCCCUAUGACUCGCACUGGGAUGCCACGUGGCCCUCGCACGGAUAUUCCGUACAGGCGAAGGCUUACGGGGGUACCUUUCUGUCACUCGCCACCUGCUAUAACGUCGUCGAAUACGUUCAAGCCAAGGCAGAUCCAACUUGCCUAGUACAAGCACCAGCCGGCUUUAAGGGAAAAGACCGUGCAAUUGACUACAGGCCUUGGCCUCUUCUCAUGGACGUCGUGAUGUUCGACCUCAAGAGAACGCCGGGACAGAACAACCAGGACUACGGGCCCAUGAUCCAAUGCCUGCUGGACAAGGGGGCAGAUGUCGAUUUCCCCGUGCUGAUGGACAGGCUGAUAGGCCCCACAGGAGACCUGGCAUCCGAAGCGAAGACAUCCCCUUUGAUCGAAUGGGUGGCCCAACUAAUGAUGAAAAGAAACAAUCACCUGCAGCCUUCGUAG